CAUUUAGCAGCUCCGAAAUCGAAAGAAAAAAAUGAAAAAGGAAGACAGAGACUGAGAGAGAGGUCAGAGAUUCAGAAUCAGAGACAGUCCAACAAAUCAAAUGUAGUCGGUCAGUCAGUCAUUACUCAUUUCACUUUCAACUUCCAAAUCAAAAUGCUCCGAUCCCGCCGCCGCUCCCCUUACGCCGCCUACCUCUGCGCCGUCAUCUCUGCCCUCCUCCUCCUCCUCUCCGUCUCUCUCCUCUACUCCCGCCUCUCCCUCACCCACCCUCACUCCUCCCACCUCCGCCGCACCCCUCCUUCCCCCUCCCUCCUCUCCGAUUCCACCCCUGACGACCUCACCUCCGACGACCCCAUCGACGAGCUCGACUUCGACGACCAGAACCCCGACCCCUCCCUCGACACGACCGAUCCCCUCUCCUCUGCUGGCUACUUCUAUGACCCUCUCUCCGCCUCCCUCCGCCGCAGCUUCAAAACCCCUCGUAACAUCCACCAAUUUUCCGAUCCACAAACCCACAAUCACAUUCUCCACUUCGCCACCGUCGGAUCCGGACGGGAUGAUCGCGCUAAGGCCGCGUUUGGCUCCGACGACCUCCCCGUCGACGACGACGUUAGGAGAUUGGCUGCUCAGGUAACCGCCAUCGAAGACGCGCUUCUGAUUCGAAGCACUUCCCCUCUCAGGAAAGGUUGGGGUGAUUGGUUCGAAAAAAAGAGUGUCUUUUUGAGGAAGGAUAGAAUGUUUAGGUCAAAUUUUGAAGUUCUGAAUCCGAACAACAAUCCACUUCUUCAAGAUCCGGAUGGUGUUGGUGCUUCUGGGUUCACCAGGGGUGAUAGGAUCGUGCAGAAACUGUGGCUGAACGAGUUCAAGAAGGCGCCGCCGCUCACCAGUAAGAAGGUUCUCCUCUCCAUUAACAACAACAAAAAUUACAAUAAUGUAGAUAGUUUGAAGAGUGAUAGGAGAGAGUUAAGAACAAAUAGGAUGAGUGGUGGGAUCAAAGGAGGUGCAGAGCGUAGGACUUUGAAUGAUGGGAAUGAAUCUGUAGAGGAACAUGUGAGUGAUGUUGGUGGGGAUUUGACAGGCAAGGUUCUUUCAGUGAGUGCAAGUAAUAGUAGGAAAGGCAAGAGUGUGGAUUUUGGGAGGGAUCAUGUCUAUGCUGAUGGUAAGACUUGGGGGUACUACCCUGGAUUGCCCGUGAAUUUGUCGUUUACCAAGUUUAUGGAAGCUUUUUUCGGGAAGGGGAAAUGCAGUAUGAGGGUGUUCAUGGUAUGGAAUUCGCCGCCUUGGAUGUACAGUGUCCGGCAUCAGCGUGGCCUUGAGAGCUUGCUCUUUCACCACCCUGAUGCCUGUGUUGUGGUAUUCUCGGAGACAAUGGAGCUCGAUUUCUUCAAAGAUACCUUCGUCAAAGAUGGUUACAAAGUUACUAUUGUCAUGCCAAAUCUUGAUGAGCUGCUGAAGGGUACACCGGCUCACAUUUUUUCGUCGGUUUGGUUUGAAUGGAGAAAGACUAAGUUCUAUGCUACUCAUUACAGCGAGCUUAUCCGUCUUGUAGCUCUCUACAGGUAUGGUGGGAUCUAUCUGGACUCGGAUAUCAUAGUUUUGAAGCCAAUAUAUUUCCUUAACAAUUCUCUGGGUAUGGAGGAUGAUUUUGAAGCUGAAAAAGUUUUGAAUGGUGCUGUUAUGGCCUUUGAAAAGCACAGUCUGUUCAUGAAAGAGUGUUUGGAAGAGUUCUAUAGGACAUAUGAUGAUACCAGUUUGAGAGGGAAUGGUGCUGAUCUUUUAACAAGGGUUGCAAAACAAUUUUUGGGGAAAGAGAAUAAAUCUGUUAAACAGUUGGAGUUGAAAGUGGAACCCUCUUAUAUCUUCUUCCCAAUCAGUCCGCAGGAUAUCACAAGAUUCUUUAGCGCCCCAGAAACAGAGACUCAGAAAGCAUGGCAAGAUGCUCUGCUAGAAAGUAUACUGCACAAGUCAUUAGCCUUUCAUUUCUGGAACCACUUGACAUAUGCUCUCAUUCCAGAACCCAAUAGCCUCGUGAAUAGGCUUAUGAAUCGUGCUUGUCUCAGAUGCUCAGAAUUACUGUAAAAUGCUGGAUUACACCAAUCCUGUUUGGAGCUUCCCUACAGCAGUACAUGUCAGAAAAUCUGUGGAUCUUUGGCUAACAUUUUGUUCUUGUAGCCAUAUUAUUGCUCUUAGCAUUGCAGUUCAGAAGACACCAGCUGGUUCUCUUGUACAAUUUUGUUGUAUAAGUUGCGGAGAUAUAGUUGAUUGAAGUUCGUUAGGGGAAGAGGGAUAAAAUAUACUGAAAAGGUUUUAGAUUUAGUAUACUACAACCAGCAUUAUCUAAUGCUCGUGUAUUUUAAUUUAUUGUAAUUCAAGAUGUAGUGUGCAUAGAGAUGCAUGGUUCAUCCCUGCAAGGUUUUGGCGGAACUGCAGUAUCUAAGUGAUAUUUAGCUAGUGAAGAAAGCAAGCAAGAUGUUAUUGUCAAGAGUAAGCCAUAUUUGUCUCUAUAUAUAUUACUGGCUUUGAUCUUCUAAUA